UAUUUAGUCAUUUCUGUUACAAGUACCACUAGUGUUCUAGAAGGUUCUUUCUAGUAUUGUAAAUAACCUGUGUAUUUUUUACGUAUCAGAGUUCUGAAUUAUUGAAGUUAUUUCAAGUUUCAACAGUGAAUUAUGGAUCCAAAUGUUGCCUACAAUGUUGUGCAUGCUAACAACAGAAGAGACACACAAGUCCCCAUAUCGCAGGAAAACACCGCUUACAAUAUCCACCAGAGAAGUCUCACCCAAUCAGACGAAGAUAAUGAGUACAGUACCGUUGAGAACACUGGAUACAUAGAGCAUAAUACUGCUGGAGAUAUUAAAUCUACCGAAAGUAGUGUCCUGGACAACAAAAGCAACACAAAGAGAAUAAGGCAAAAAGUGGCUAAAAAUGAAUCUGGUAAGAAAUGGUUUGCAAUUCUUGUCGUCGUAGCUUUUGUUGUGUCUCUGUUGGUAGCUGUGGCAGCACUCGUGUACACCAAUAUAGAGUUGAAGAACCAGAUGAGCAGUAACAAUAAGCAAAUACAGUCCAUGAACGAACAACUGAACAACCGAUCCAGUCAACAGAUUCAAAUCCUACAAGCUCAACUCAGUGAUUCAAUUUUGCUCCUUCAAAACAACUUUUCUGAGCAACUGAGCAGUACUAAUAAGCAAGUACAGUCUACUAACGAGCAACUGAACAACCAUAUUGCUGAGUUAGGUCCAAUGGCAUACUAUCCUGGAGCAAGAAUAGGAAACCCAGCUAGCUCUUGUAGUGACAUCCCUCAAGACCGACCAUCUGGAGAAUACUGGAUUCGAAACACCACUAGCUCUCCUGUUCAGGUCUACUGUGACAUGAAUCGAACAAGCUGUAGCUGCAACACUGCAGGAGGCCGAGGAUGGAUGAGAGUAGCCAACCUCGACAUGACUGAUCCCAACCAAAACUGCCCAGAGGGAUUGAGACUGGUAACCAGAACAGAACCACCAUCGCGUACUUGUGGCCGAGUAGAAGAACCAGCAGGAUGUACUUCCACUACCUAUUCAACUUAUGGGGUGGAGUAUUCGAAAGUUUGUGGUCGAAUUAUUGCGUAUCAAAGUACCACUCCGGAUGCUUUCACUCCAUAUUUCAAUAACAGAGCUUUAUCUAUUGAUGAUGUUUACGUUGAUGGUGUGAGCCUAACCCAUGGUCAGUCGCCUCGUCAGCACAUCUGGACAUUUGUGAAUGCAAUCGAUGAAACUCGCUCCACUAUAGAGGUAUGUCCCUGCACAAGACCUGACCUCACCUACACUGGAGUUGUACCUCCCUUCAUUGGUCAAGACUACUUCUGUGAAACUGGAAGUCGACAGCUCAUUACUUCUAAUACUCAUAUCGUCUAUUCUGAUGAUCCACUCUGGGACGGUCAGGGAUGCGGGGGUAACAGUACUUGCUGUGAGUUCAACAACCCACCUUGGUUCUGCAAGCAACUCCCUCAACCAACUACAGACGAUAUCGAGAUGAGGAUUUGUGCUGAUCAAGCUCUUCUAGAUGAAGACACGCCCAUUGAGAUAAUAGAGAUGUACGUACGAUAAAACUUUAGAAUUGAAAACAUACUACAUACAUAAGUAUACAUAUUGUAUAUAAUUAUUACACUGCUGGAA